GAUCAAACAAAAAUAUUCGCCCUUGGGGGAAACCAGUACGUUCUUUUUGAGCCAUUUGCCGCCAGUUUCGCUGCCGGCCCAAGAACACGACGCCGAGGACAAGCAGGACGAGGAGGAGGAGAGGGAGAAGAAGGAGGAGGCGAAGGAGGAGGUCGGGCUUCGUUGUUCCUCGUGGUCCCUAAACUUUUCGACCCUCGAUCGUUCUCGCGUUAUCUCGCCGCUUGAAACGUGGAACGUGGAACUUGGUCCAAAAAGCCCACGAAGUGGACGAGUUGUGAGCGGAGGGGGAGAAGGAACGAAAUACUGUGGAAUGGAGUGUGUCCUGCUCGGUUCCCCUUUCUCUUCGUGUCUCUCUUCAAGUGCAGGAACUCGGUGAUGAGGAUGAGAAGGAGGACCAUGAUCAUCAUGAUGAUGAUUAUCAUCAUCAUCGCCACGACCCCGACCAGCAUCGCCAUCAUCCCCUCGACUUUGUCCUAGAGAAGAAGUGCAUUCAAAGACGGAGGAAUGGCAGAUCAAAGGGAAUAUUCAUCUCUGUCGUUGGCUGUUCCAUGCUCAUUGCUGGAGAUCAUCUGAAACUGGCUGUUCCACUAUUCCGUUUGGUUGGGCUGUUGCAGUCGUCACUCUCAAGGUGGAGAAGGAUGAUGCCAAGCCCUACGAGGACUAUCAUCAUCAGGAUCCUCCAUCCCCGGCCCUUGCCCGACAACGAAGAACUAGCAAAAGCAGCAGCGGCCGUCCCAGUGUUGUUUUGAAGUGUUUCAACUCUUUCAUCUCCUUCCUCCUCUUCUUCUUCUUCUUCUUCUUCGUUCUGGUCGACGACCACCUCGACUGCUUUUUCUUCUUCUUCUUCCUCUUCUUCUCCUUCUUGUUCUUGUUCUUCUGUUACUACAUUUGCAGUGUCUUUCAUGUUUCAAACCUUUUGAUCAACUUUUCAUCUGAAGGGCACAAAAUGGCGACAACUGCCAGAGCCCCCCAGCGUGCCACCUCUUCAUCUUCACAAGCCGCAGUUCCUCAAUCCACCUCAUUCCAUCCACACCUUGGUUCCAGGCAGGCCUCGCCAACUUCCGCACAGGUUGAGGCCUCAAGGACCACGGCUCUCAAGAACAGUGCAGUGAACUCCAGUGGAACCACGCUCAAGUCCAACAAGAUUCCCACGUCCAGUCAGGAUCCAGGUGGCUUGAGUGCUCUGAAAAGGGAUCGAUUCUUAUCCGUGGCCAAUGGGAUCACCCUUGACGAUUUCGGGUGCUCCAAUGAUGAAUUGCGGAUCUUCACCGAGGAGGGCGAGGACGAGGAACGAGAAUUGGCUUUGAAUGAGGAGCUCCAAGCGGCUCUACUCGAGGACAAAACGUGCCUCAUCCGAGAAACCGAACUAGGCAUCAAGCAAGAGCGAUUACUUCGAAUUGAUCCAGGUCAUCCGGACCCCUCAUCCCCGAGUUCACCCUAUCCCAAUGGAUAUCCUCUGCUCUCGCCAUUCUCAUCGUCACCAUUUUCCAACACCAAUGGCCACUCACAAACCCCGGGAUCACAAUCUAUGGUUCGAUCGAGUGGAUCACCGUUGUCCCCAUCGUUUUUAUACAAUGACUCGUUAGGGAGUCCUCCGCCAGCCCAUAUGGGUGGCAUACCCUACAGUUUGGCAGAUCCAGGUUUGCGGUCGUUGUACUCGAUGCCUCCACAUUCCUCAUCGUAUCCAUAUCCGCUAAUUCCUUCUGAUGUCUCGGGGCAAUUUUCAUCAUGGGCUCCAUGUUCCGUUUCCCCACCGUCUUCUCCCACAUCUCCAUUUUACGCUUUUGUUGCUGCCUCGGCGCGGGUGGCUGUUUCAGCGGCCAAUUUAUGUUCACAAUCACCCGACUCUGUUGGGGAAAGGUACUCCGGUCUCUCACGAUUUGGCACUCCCAAUAGCUUGUUAAGUCCGGCCAAUUCCGGAUAUCACUCUCGCUCUCCGUCGUCCAUGUUUUCCGGAUCCGACGGAAAAAGCGGAACCCUGAAAUCACGAGGUCGCGGUGCUUCAGCCAAGGAGAAAGAGGCCCACAUCAAAAAGCCUUUGAAUGCAUUUAUGUUGUACAUGAAAGAGAUGAGGCCCAAGAUCGUGGCCGAAUGCACCCUAAAGGAGUCAGCGGCCAUCAACCAAAUUUUAGGACGGAGGUGGCACGGUUUGAGUCGUGAUGAGCAAGCCAAGUAUUAUGAGCUCGCCCGCAAGGAGCGGCAACUCCAUAUGCAACUAUAUCCUGGAUGGUCCGCCAGGGACAACUAUGCUCAAAGCAAAAAGAAAAAGCGGAAAAGAAUGCAAGAAAAGGGUCCAGAAUCCCAAGAUCUAGUUUUAGGGGGGAAAAAGUUUCGAGGGAAAUAUGGUUUAAUCGAGCAUUCGGAUUCGUGGUGCAAGCCUUGCCAUUCAAAUGGUGAUGACAUGUCUCGGGAUUUUCUGCCAGGAUCAUCCAACUACAUAUCCUCACUAUCUCCAUGCGGCGACGGCCUCCUCAUGACAAAUGCCAACGAUUCAGCUGCCUGCUCAGCUGCCAUUGCAGCUGCAUCUAUCAUGGACAUGCACCUUAACUCGGUUCCAUGCUCAGCGGCCCAACUCAUUCACAACAACAACGUGGCCAGUUCAAGUGGGUCUAAUAUUCUAACCAUGGACUCGAUCCUUCUAACCUCACCGGCCGGCUCCCACGGGCCUGCCGGCAAUCUUUGCAAUCCCUCACCUCCCAUGCUGUCCUUGGGCCCGCACUCUCAUUUGUCUGGACAUCACUCAUUGCCACCCUCCUCCCAUGGCGAUGGAGGCGGCAAUUUGAAUUUCCCGCCUUUGAAUCAUCAUGAAUUGAUGUCCUUAGAACAGCAGAAGAUGGUGCUGUCGCCAGAGGGAGCUGGCGCGAAUGACCAAUCGCCUAAAUACAUAUCCUUGUAACCUCCUAACCCCAACAAGAGUUAUGGUGGAUUGGACGAGAAGUAAUCUCCAUUGAGAGACAAGCUGAAGUGUGCAUUGAACUUGUCGAAAAUAGUCGAUUUUGUGUUAGUGUCAUUACUGCAACUCUAGUCUGACGAAGCAACCCGUAAAACAAAUGAAUCUCUGUUUCCCUCUAUGUGGGUGGAUUUGAACUCCUGGUGAACUAUAGUGAAUAUAUGAGCAACUUCCAGUAAUACAACGUCUACAACUGAGAUUUGUGUGCAAUACCUCUACUGUUCUCUGGAUUUUGGUAUGAAGAACCUUUCAUUUUUAGCCGUCUCCGCCGAGCGCCCUUCAAACCGAACCCAAAAGAACCAGCUCGAGCCAUCGGUAACGAUUAUUCAACCGGAUUCUUGCUUACAUUACUGUCUUUUGAUCCUUUACGUACAUACAAACAACAUUCAUACAUAUACCAAUUCACAAACACGAGUAGAUUUGAUGUUGACACACGUGAUAGCAACAUCUAGAAAUUCCGUUGGUUUCCAUGUUCUUAUUGUCCGAUCAAACUACGUACAACACUCUCUUUGACUUAGGCUGAAAUCUGAAAUACAUUCAAUAUGAAACCA